UCACGUGAACUAAUCGUGAUAUCCUCCACCUCCAACACACGAUUUGACAACGACAACUUUAUUUAGAUUGAGUGGGGUAAGGGGGAUUGUAAAUUUAUUCACAAAUUCAGAGACAAAUUUAUUAAACUAUAAAGUUCAUGUUUUCCUAUAUAUUUGUUCCAAUAACCUAUAAUUGUCAAUUCAAGGAAGAUUGUUCAUAGAUAACUGUGGAAAAAUGGCUCUAUCCCAAAUGUCUCGCUGCAUCAGGCUGGGCCUCCAACGAUUAAACCAAGGAAAUAAUAUAAAAAACUCACAAAAAGUUUUAUUGGGCUUUAUGAUUAUGCCGGUUCGUAACAUAUCUUGCCUGGAAGUAUCAAAGAACAUGUCAAUUCUGUCGCACGAAAAGAAGAACACAUCCGUUACCGACUUUAAGCUUGAUCAACUGCAAGAAAAUCCACUGGUUAUUUUACUUGCUUGGAUGAUGGCUAGCAAAAAACACACUCUCAAGUAUGCCGAUAUAUGGAUUCAAAAAGGAUUCGAUGUCCUAACUAUAAACGUUAAUCCCUGGCAAUUUUUGUGGCCUGUGAAAGGAACCCAGGUUGUUGCUGCUGAUAUUCUGAAAUUCCUAGAGCAAAAUAAAACAUACUCUCCACUUAUGCUGCAUGGUUUUUCUGUAGGUGGAUAUUUGUGGGGAGAGGUCAUGGUACAAAUGGCACAUAAUAUGGACAGGUAUCAGCAUAUUUUGGAUAGGAUAGUCGGACAAGUCUGGGAUAGUGCGGCAGAUGUCACAGAGAUUCAUAAAGGUGUACCACCAGCAGUAUUUCCUAAAAACAAAAUGAUGGCUAGAGCUCUUGGUAAAUAUAUGCUGUAUCAUUUAAAGACCUUCGACAAAGUUGCAACCAGACACUACAUCAGGUCCAGUCAAAUGUUCCACACUACUUUAGUACAUGCUCCUGCUCUGUUUUUACUAAGUAAGACUGAUACAAUUGGCACCGAGAGUUCGAAUCGUCGCGUUAAAGAUAAUUGGGAAAGCAUGGGAAUUCCGGUGGACUGGAAGAUUUUUGAAAAAUCUCCUCACGUGGGACAUUUCAGAAAAUAUCCUAAAGAAUACACAAAUCAGCUUCAUUCAUUUUUGGACACUAUUGAUAUUUCCAAAGGAAAACUCAAACAAAAGGAAUCGGAAGAAAAUGUGAAUAAAAUUAAAGUGAAACAAUAAUCUCUUUCAGAAUUUGGAACCUUUGAAGCAAAAUCAUGGUACAAAAUUUUUUAAGUCUAAAGUCUAAAAUUAUCUGGAUAUUUGUCUCUUAUUUUUUUAUAUAUUAAUUGCUUUUUUAAGAUGUUAGUUUUUGUCAACUAAUUUUUACAUAUCCUGUAGUGGAAUAUUUGCGUCUCCAUAGGUAAUUGAGUUAUAAUAGUCUGUGAUAAAACUGGAUUGAAUUGCAAUAUUCUUAUAAUUGGCUUCACCUCAGUAAUAUAUUUUUAUUAUGAUGUGUAUUAAAAUCAAAACGUACAUAUAUAAAAAAAUAUAGAUUAAGUGUAUAAAUGAAAGCUUCAUUUUAAUGUUUAAGGUGUUUUCAUAUUUUGUAAAUAAAUUAGGUGUUUUGA